CCGGAGACGUUGACUUUGAUGCCUUUAUAAUUCCCUUUGUUUAACAACCUCUCAAGUCUCAUCGUACUAAUUUCAAUGGCGUCUACUUCAUCUUUUGCUUCUCUACUAAAUCAUACUAGCUGCCAUGACGUUUUUUUAAGCUUUAGAGGUGAAGAUACUCGUAACUCAUUUACAGAUCAUCUCUAUGCAGCUUUAAAACGAGCAGGAGUUCGCACUUUUAGGGAUAAUGAUAAUAUCGACAGAGGUCAAGAACUGAAGCCGGAAAUCGAUAGAGCAAUCAGAAAAUCCAGGGCUUCUAUCGUUGUCUUGUCACAGAAGUAUGCGAAUUGUGCCUUGACGAGCUGCUGUUGAUCCUUGAGCAAAGGGGGAGCAUAAAUCAUUUUGUUUUACCAGUGUUUUACCAUGUCGAUCCCUCAGAUGUCAGGAACCAAAGACAAAGUUUCGCGAUUAAUGUAGACGAAGGAGCAGAAGGGUCAAAAUGGACAGAGUAUAAUGUCAAUCGAUGGAAGGCAGCCCUUACAGAGGUUGCUCAUUUGACCGGCAUGGUUGCUUCUGGGUCUGAAACAGAUUUUAUCUCAGAGAUUGUUGGUAAAAUCAAGUCUGAACUAGAUUUGAAUCUAGUUAGUACUCCAGCUCAUCUAAUUGGAAUGGACACUCGAUCUGAAAUUAUCAAUUCUUGGUUGAAAAAUGAACAAUCUGGUGCUAAUGUUUUAGCAAUUUGUGGCAUGGGAGGCAGUGGCAAGACCACACUCGCCCAAUUCAUUUAUAACUCAAACAAGGAAGAUUUUGAAAGCAGCAGUUACCUUGAAGAGAUCGGAAAGCACUCUAAACAGUCUGAUGGUUUGCUUGGGCUACAGAAACAACUUCUCACAGACGUUCUAGGGGGAAAGAAUGCAAGUAUAUCUAGUGUAUCUCGGGAGACAAUGAAGGUUGAGGAUGCCUUACAAGUGAAAAAGGCGCUUAUUAUUCUUGAUGACAUUGAUGCACAUGACCAAUUAGGCGCUUUACUUGGAACACGUGCGUUUCAUACACAAAGCAAGAUCAUAGUAACAACUAGGCUUCUAGAUAUAAAUGCAUGGUUUGGGUCCAUAUCUUGGAGGUGCGAGGUGCAAAAACCCGAAUUGCUGAAUGACUGUGAAUCAUUAGAGCUUUUAAGUUGCCAUGCAUUUGGAUCCAAAAUUCCUAUGGAAGAUUUCAAGGAGCUCGCAGUUCAGUUAGCAGAGGAUUGUGGUGGAAGCCCACUAGCUCUUAAAGUACUAGGUUCUUCUCUAUUUGUUGAUGUUGGCCAGCCAUGGAAAAUAAAUAGCAUGAUAGAGGUUUGGAGAAGUACAUUGAAUUCACUGAAUUCAUUGAAAGGAAAUCUUGAUGAUAGAAUCCAUGGUAUACUACAAAAGAGCUUUGACUCAUUACCACAUUCCAGUAACAAAGAGUUGUUUCUGCAUAUUGCUUUUUUCUUUGUUGGUUUUCAUGAUGAUUAUGUGGUAAACGUAUUGGAGCAUGACUGGCAUGCAAAGGCUGGGAUCAUGACCCUCAUAAACAGAUGCCUUCUUACUGUCUCACCAAGUAAGAAACUGAUGAUGCAUCAACUGCUUCAAGAGAUGGCAAGAAACAUCGUCCUUCAAGAGUCCAGAGAUCCUGCAGCACGUAGUAGAGUCUCACAAAAUGAUGCAUCUUAUGAUUUAUUGGAAAAUGGAGAGGUCUAGCACUUGACAUGGAUGAGCGCCUCGAGAACAGGAUGAGAUCAAAUCAAUCAGCCCUUAAAACAGCUUCACUUGCAAAAAUGGACCAACUAAAAUUUCUCAAGCUCCGACAUGUAGAACUCACAGGGUCCUAUAAGAAUUUUCCAAAAUUAAGAUGGUUGUACUGGAGUUAUUGUCAAUUGAAAGAAAUACCAUCCGGCUUAUUGGGUAGCAACUUGGUGGCUAUAGAUAUGAGCAAUGGAUGGUUGGAGAAGUUUGAACCACCCAUGGUUCUUAAUUCGCUGAAGAUCCUAAAUCUUAAAUGGUCGCUCAAUCUUGUUAGUGUCUGUCAUCUUUCGCGACUUCCUAAUCUCGAGACUUUGAUUCUCUCGUUUUGUAUGAGUCUCAGUCUGACUGAUGUUUGUGAAACCAUUGGAGGUCUUAGGAAGCUUUCACUAUUGGACUUUGGAUGGUGUAAUUAUCAUGGGAAGGUUGCAUUGAAUAAUAAGUAUGCAAAUCCAUUGCAAAUGCUAAAAACUCUAUGUACCGGUGGAGGAAUACCACAACCGUUUUUGGUCCCCUUUCCAGACUCGUUAAAGGUUCUGUUUCUCAAUGACUGCAACCAUGAUAGAAGCCAUGAUGAUGAUCCAUUGUCUUUAAAUCACAUGAAUUUUGGCAGUAAUCCGUUAAUGUUCCUGACCAAUUACACUAAUCUUAAAAUGCUUCGGGUACUCGAUGUGAGCCGUUGUCCAAAUAUAAGUUAUUGGCCCAUUGGGAAUACAUUAGACGCUGGAGAUGAAAUCAAUGUGUCCAUUAUUGUGGGGGAUGGAUUUAUGGUAAGCAGGUGUGGUGCCAGCCUUGCGUUCAUAUAUGAUGGUGAAGAAGAGUUAGAAUACUACAAAAAUUACAAGAAAGAGGAAGAAGUUAUUGGAGGAGAUCUAUCUGAAUUUGAGCUCACUACAGGAGCCUAUUAUCUUUGUCGCCGUGAUUACUUGGAGUUUACCACCCCUGAUUGGUUAGAUAUAUUACUUGGUGAUACCAUUCCCCAUAACGAUUUACAUGGAUGGAGAAAAUCUCUUCAGACAGACUACGAAGGGUCAUAUACGGAGUGGAAAGCUUACAGAGACGACCUUUUUUCUGAUUUGUUCUAAGUAUGUACAUUUAAUCAUUCUUUUUGGCAUAAAAUACCAAUAUUUGUUUGUAAAUUUAAAUUAAUUUGCUUCUUAAAUCCCUUAAUCCAAACUAACCUAUAUAAAUGAAUAUAAGUUUUGUUUAUUAUUGGACU